CGAGAUGGUGAAGAUGAUAAUCAUAAGCCAUAUUACAAAAUUCUUCCGGAGUCAAAUAAGCGUGGGAAUGCCCUUUGGCUCAAGAGUCAGCUUCACAAUAUAAAUGUCCGUAAUCAUCUUGAUCGAGGUUGGAUAGAUAGGCUUCUGUUGUUUCGUAAUUUCCGUAACCAAUUUCGUUGGCAACUCGCAGUCCACAACGAUUACAAGAGAAAUUUACGCCCCGGAAUUGGUUAUAAGUUCAUUCUCAGAACUUAUAUUUUUCAGAGUCGGGAAUUUCUUGGAGAGCUUCCCGCCACGGCUUUCCGUUAA